UCAAGUCUUAUUCGUUUACAAUCUGAUACAGAUCGACUUUUACAUACGAUUGAAAAAGCACCAGAUAGUGCAGAAACACUUAUUUCAGAAAUUGAUUCAACAUUUUCAGCUUUACAAUAUCUUGGAGGUGAUUUAAAAAAAUCCUUAGAUAUAUCAAGUUCAUCAGAUAUUGAUCGAGAAUUAAAAGAUAUGGCUAGUCCAGUAGAAACUAUUCGAGAUAGUCUUGAUCGAGCAAAAAGAUCUUAUGAAGAAAAUGAAACUAUUCGAGAUCGUAUUGAAAAAAUAUUAAAUAAAGUCAAAACUUUUACAAAUCGUAAACGACAAGAAUUACAUUAA